AUGUCAAAUCAUUAUAGUACAACUCAACCUUUUAUUCAAAAUACUGAAUUUAAUAAUUUAAAUCAAGUACAUUCUCAUUCACAUACCCAGAUAGAUAACAAUAUACCUAUCCAUCAUUAUCAACAACAUAAUCAUCAUCUUUCAUUACCUCAACAACAAAAUUAUAUACAACAAAAUCAUCAUCAAGAUUUACCUAAUUCAACAAAAACUUAUUCAGCAAAUCAAUUUUAUGCACAACAAAAUCAAUUACAACAAAUACAAAUGGUACAACAACAAAUAGCAAAACAAAAACAAGAACAAGAAGAAGAAGAAUUAAAACAAAGAAAAUUAUUAUUGAAACAACAACAACAAUCCCAUAAAAAAUCAGUCUCAACUAGUACAAUAACUUCAACACCAAAGAAGAAAAGAGGUAGACCACCAAAAUUGAAUUCAUUUACUGAAAGGAUCACAACCCAGGUAAAUAUAAAUAUAAAUACAUCACCAUUAAAUAGUUCUCCAGCUGAAUCAAAUUCAAAUCAAGCUGCAAAACAAGGUGCUCCAAAUAUUUUUACACCAUUAAUGAGAGUAAGUCCAACAAAUAAAUCUUCAUCAAUAGCGAAAAGGAAAAGAAAAAAUUCAUCAUCUUCAACAAUAUCAAAUACUUCACCUAUUUUAAUUAAAAAAUCAAAAUCUUUUUCUCACCCUUCUACAAUUUUAGCUACUCCAUUAUCUUCAACUUCACAAAAUUUCCCACCAAAUUCUUUAGAUUCAAAUGGUAAUUCCUAUCAAUUUUCAAAAAAGACUUUUGAUAAUAUUUCGUUAAUUACUCAACACCAUAAUCAAAAUCAUAAUAAUCAAGGUUUUUAUAAUACUCCUCCUUCAAGUUCUGCUAUUAAUAAAUCAAGUUAUUUUACACCUCAUCAAAAUGGUGGUGAUAUAAGUAUUAAUCAAAAUACUAUAGAUAUUGAAAGUAUUAAAAAGAACCAUAACCAAAACAAUGGUGAAAUUGAAUCUCCAAUAAAGAGAGGUAAAUCAAUAAGUGAUGAAAAUAAGAACUUAUUACCACCUGUUUCAUUAAAUAGCUAUAAUAAUAAACAAGUUGCUGAAAAGAAGGAGAAUACAGAAGAAUCGAAACCACAAAUUUCAAGAUCAAACAGUUUUUCAUUAAAAUUAACAAUAGAUGAUCUGGGUAAAGCAGUUUUAUCAUCAGAUAUUUUUCAACCAACAACUACAACCACCGCCACCACCACCACCACCAAAGAAGUUAAAGAAGAACCAAAAGAAUCAGAGCAAACCCCACAACCAGCAAAAGCUCAACUUACAACAACUACAACUCCAAAACAACCACAAUUAAACCGUUCAACAUCAGAUUAUCAAUUAGAAGAUAAAAGACCAAAUAUUUUAAGAAGACAUAAUUCUGACAUUACAAAUAUAAUAUCACAACCAAAAUUGGAAUCAACUAUAUUAUCAUCAAUAAAUGAAAAUUAUCUUUCUACUAAUUAUCCAACGACUCCACAACAAUCUCAACAUCAAAAUAUAUCUUAUUUAUCAACUGGUUUAACUCCAAUGUUUAAUUUAACUCCUCAAUUUAAUUCAUUAAUGUAUUCAGUAAUGAAUUUAAAUUCACCACAAUUUAAAAAAGGAAUGAAUCCAUUCACAUUAAACCAAGAGAUAUUCACUUCUGAAUCGUCAUCGCAAUCUCAACCACUGUUUCAACCAUUACAAGAAAUAGAAGAAACAGUAGAUUCUCAACAAAGUAAUUUACAAAUUAAUGAAUCACACGCAGAAAUUUCAUCACAAGACAUUUUCAUAGAACCUUCAUCACAACAACAAAAAUUAGUUUUGGGUAGUGGUGGUGAUAACUCACAACCUCAAGGGAAUGGAUCAUGUUCUGAUUCAAGUUUAAAUUCUGAAGAUUCUGGUGAUGCUAGAUUAGCUUUGAAAAAAAUGAUUCAAAUUAGAGAUUAA